GCGGUCGUCUUCAUUCAAGCAUCAGAAGAAGAAAGACCUGAAGUCUUCCUCGGGGCGUGAGUCAGGCGGGAAAAUCAAAAAUGCAGGAGGGGAGAGGAGACGCAGCCGCAACAGCAUGCGCGGUAGGCUUGGCUACGAUGGGCCGCCGAUUCACACCGGUGCGCAGCCGUUCACGUUCAAGGAGCUUAUGAUCGCCACUCGCAAUUUCCGCUCGGACUGUCUGAUCGGGGAAGGAGGCUUUGGACGAGUGUACAAAGCUCGCCUCGAGACAGGACUGGUUGUGGCAGUCAAACAGCUGGAUAGAAAUGGACUUCAAGGGAAUCGCGAGUUCAGAGUUGAAGUGGCUAUGUUAAGCCGUCUGUGUCAUCCGAACCUGGUCAAUCUUAUUGGCUACUGUGCAGAUGGCGACCAGAGGCUAUUGGUUUACGAGUACAUGCCACUUGGCAGCUUGGAAGAUCAUCUGUUCGAUCUACCUCCUGAAAGAGAGGCUCUUGACUGGAUUAUGCGUAUGAAGAUUGCGGCCGGAGCAGCGAUCGGUCUUGAAUAUCUACACGAUAAGGCCAAUCCUCCUGUGAUUUUCCGCGACUUCAAGUCUUCGAACAUUCUUUUGGAUGAAAAGUACCAUCCCAAACUUUCCGACUUUGGACUGGCAAGGAUGGGUCCAGAAGGGGGUGAAACACAUGUGUCUACUCGCGUAAUGGGAACGUACGGCUACUGCGCUCCUGAAUACGCAAUGACCGGACAGCUCACCCUUAAAAGCGACGUCUACUCCUUUGGUGUUGUACUUCUGGAACUCAUCACAGGAAGGAAAGUUAUCGAUGCCACUCGGCCCCAUGGAGAGCACAACCUUGUUGCCUGGGUGAGUUAAAAAAUAAACAAAAAACAAAGCUCAAACUUCCUU